GGAAGCUGUUCAUAACGCGACUGGGCUUGUUUUCAUUAGAACCUGCUGUAAUGGAAAAUCUGGAAGUGAACCUGUCAUCUUUGGCUGUGAUAUCCAGACAUGUGGACAAGAGUCACAACCAGAUCAGCCAGUAUCUGUCCAAACAGAUAUGGAGUCAGCAGGACAGGCAGAGCAUUUUGGAGUGUUUGGCUCAGCUCCUCUUGGAGAAGGAUUAUACUUUGCUGAUUGCACGUCACGUCCGGCCUCUGAUUCUUGACCUGUUGGAGCGCAACGCAGAGAAGGUCCAAGCUGGUGGCCAAAUCAACCAUGACCUUCAUGAGCGGCUGUGUGUGGCUCUCAGUAGGCUCCUCGGCAUCAGUCCUGAUGCGCAAGCGUUUGCUGCGAGGUACUUCAGCAGUACCCCACCAGUGUUCCAGAGGCUGUUUUUCACCAGUGAGCAGUCAUCUGCUGUCCAGUAUGGCCCAAGGAGAAUGAAGCUCCGUGAACUCAUGGCUGCCACCCUGCGCUUCCUCCAGAGUGAUUGUGCUAAGUUUCGGAGGCUGUGGGACUGGAGUCCCUGUGUUUCACAGCUACUCACCAGUGAUGUCAUGGUUCGAGGGUCCACUGCCCAGUGUUUAGCGCUUGUCUGCCACAUGACUGAUAAUCAGAAAGCCAUCUUCCUGAGAAAAGUGCUGACGAACGAUGAAAUCCUACACAUGAAAAUGAAAGCGUUGGAGGAAAGUCAACAGAUGGAGGCAGAGAAAGCUCUGGUGUUAACCAAUAAGAGAUCAGUGAUGUGGCAUCAGGAGGUGGCUCAGACGUUUACCAGGGGCCAGGUGGUAUCAGAAGACCUUUCCCAAAAUGUUGUAGCAGUCUGUGGUGUUGUUCUGCCCAGGAUGGUUCCCCGAAAGGUGGGUCAGGUAAAGCCAACCAAUCUGGUGCUGGUGGAGUCAACCUGUCAGAACCUGAGAAGACUGGCUCUGGCUGUAGCUUCCCACAAACCUGUGCUCCUCGAGGGUCCUAUUGGCUGUGGGAAAACUGCUUUGGUGGAGUUUAUGGCAGCCAUAACUGGACAUAUGAAAGGUGCAGACAUUCUUAAGGUCCAGCUGGGAGACCAAACUGACAGCAAGAUGCUGCUGGGAAUGUACCGAUGUACAGAUAUACCAGGAAAGUUUCUGUGGCAGCCAGGAACCCUUACACAAGCUGUUUCCAAAGGCCUCUGGAUCCUUCUGGAAGACAUUGACCAUGCACCUUUGGAUGUGAUAUCUGUCCUCCUGCCUUUGAUGGAGAAUAAAAAGCUGAUGAUUCCAGGACGGGAAGAUUGCAUUGAUGUUGCUUCUGGGUUUCAGUUCUUUGCAACCCGAAGGAUGUACUGUAGUGGUGGUAACUGGCACAAACCACAGAACUCCCAUGCAGCAUUGCUGGACAAGUACUGGACUAAGCUGCAAAUGGGCAACAUGACCCAAGUGGAAAUGAAGAAGGUGCUGGUUCACAAGUACCCCAUGUUGACAGUGGUGUCAGACCGUCUGUUGGACAUCUACUGUCAGUUGACUGGUGAGAGACACUCUGAGUUGGACACCAACACCUUGCAGACUUCCACAGAACAGCAGGAUAAACCUGACGACAAAAUCACAUCACUGGAAGGGAGAGUUCUGUCAAUGAGGGACCUGCUGAAGUGGUGUGAGCGGAUCAGCGAGAACUUCGACAGCUCUUCAUCUGCCACAGCACAGCGAGUCUUUCUUGAGGCUCUUGACUGCUUCUCAGCCAUGCUGUCCCUUCCUGCAAGCAGGCUGCGAAUGGCUGAGAUCAUUGGAAGCAAGCUCAACAUCUCCAAGGAGAAGGCGCAGCACUUCUGCCAGCUGUAUCAGCCGGGCAUCUCUCUGACAGAGCUGCAAGCUGCAGUGGGCAGAGCCACUCUGGCUCGAAGGCAGGCUGAGGCCGUGCAGCUGACUGUUCAAACCAGUAAUCAGACAUUUGCCCUGACACGACCCUCGGCUGUUUUGCUGGAACAGCUAGCUGUUUGUGUGGCCAAGGGAGAGCCUGUCCUCCUGGUUGGAGAGACUGGAACAGGAAAGACCUCCACUGUACAACAACUAGCCACAAUCACUGGACACAAACUCCGUGUGGUGAACAUGAACCAGCAAAGUGAUACAGCCGAUCUUCUUGGAGGGUACAAGCCAGUGGAUCACAGGCAAAUUUUGCUGCCUUUACGGGAGGCUUUUGAAGAACUGUUCUCCCAGACAUACUCAAGGAAGCAGAACCUGACUUUCCUGGGCCACGUGCAGACCUGCUUUCGGGAGAAGCGCUGGCAGGAUCUGGUUCGACUCAUGGACCAUGUCUGCAAGUCCACUCUAGCUAAAGAGCUACAAGAAAGACCAGAAGAUUCCUCAAUGUUGCAGCAGUGGGAGGCACUGGCGUCAAAACUAAGUCAGACCCAACAGCAGAUCCGAGUUUGUGAAACAGCCAUGGUGUUUGCUUUUGUGGAGGGAUCUUUAGCUCAGGCAGUGAAGAAGGGCCACUGGAUCCUGAUGGAUGAGAUCAACCUGGCAGCAGCAGAGACCCUUGAGUGUCUGAGUGGGCUGCUGGAGGGCAGCGCUGGUUCUCUGGUGUUGCUUGAUCGUGGAGACACUGAGCCUCUGGUUCGCCACCCAGACUUCCGCCUCUUUGCAUGUAUGAACCCAGCUACUGAUGUUGGGAAAAGGAACCUACCUUUGGGUCUCAGGAACAGAUUUACUGAGCUCUAUGUGCAUGAGCUGGAGAAUGAGGGGUGCCUGAGGAUCCUUGUUUCAGACUACCUCAAGUGCUUGAACCCACAGAAGAGUAUCAUCAGUGGCAUCAUAAGUUUUUAUCUGGCAGCACGAAAGGAGGCAUCUUCGCACCUGGUGGAUGGGACUGGCCACAGACCUCACUACAGCCUCCGUACUCUGUGCAGAGCGUUGAGUUAUGCAGCAGCAAACCCCUGCCACAGCGUCCAGCGCUCACUCUAUGAGGGCUUCUGCAUGAGCUUCCUCACUCAGCUAGACAGGAGCUCCCACCCUCUGGUCCAGAAGCUGGUGUGUCAACACAUUCUAAGCGGAAACACCAAAUGUCUGAAACAACCCAUCCCAGCUCCACCAGGCCGGACCUGUGUGGAGAUAGAAGACUACUGGGUGCCACAAGGGGAAAUGGAACCGGCUCUGGAUCCCAGCUACAUCCUCACUGCUUCAGUGAAACUCAACCUUCGGGACCUUGCCAGAGUGGUAUCUGCAGGGACACACCCGGUGCUGAUCCAGGGAGAGACGUCUGUUGGAAAGACCAGCCUGAUCCGCUGGUUGGCUUUGACUACUGGGAACCAGUGUGUGAGGAUCAACAACCAUGAGCACACAGACAUCCAGGAGUACAUUGGCUGCUACUCCUCGGAUGACAGGGGCAAGCUGGUGUUCAAAGAGGGUGUUCUGAUUGAUGCCAUGAGGAAAGGCUACUGGGUGAUCCUCGAUGAGUUGAACCUGGCCCCAACCGAUGUCCUUGAGGCUCUCAACAGGCUGCUGGAUGACAACAGGGAGCUGUUUGUAACUGAGACUCAGGAGGUUAUCAAGGCUCAUCCUAGAUUCAUGCUGUUUGCAACCCAGAAUCCUCCAGGUCUCUACGGUGGCAGAAAGGUUCUCUCCAGGGCUUUUCGAAACCGCUUUGUGGAGCUGCAUUUUGAUGAGUUGCCCAGUGGAGAACUAGAGAUCAUCCUUCACCAGAGGUGUAGUUUACCUCCAUCCUACUGCACCAAGCUGGUCAAAGUCAUGCUAGAUCUUCAGUCAUUGCGCAGAGGAUCUUCAGUGUUUGCAGGGAAACAUGGCUUCAUCACACUGAGAGAUCUGUUCCGCUGGGCGGAGCGUUACAAGCUGGAGGAGCAGACCCAGGCCUCUCAAGACUGGCUGCAGCAUUUAGCAGAUGAUGGCUACAUGCUGCUAGCUGGACGUGUCAGGAAGCAAGAGGAGGAGGCCAUCAUCCUAACCACUCUGCAGAAGCACUUUAAAAGGACGGUGAACCCUGACGACCUGUUCUCACAGAGACAGCUCACCAGUCAGUUCAGUCUCCUUAUCGAGAGCACUGUAGGAGUACCAGAGGAGUUCCGCCACGUUGUGUGGACCCAAGGUUUGAGGAGGAUGGCCAUGCUGAUAGGGAGAGCUCUUCGGUUUGGGGAGUCAGUCCUGCUUGUCGGAGACACAGGAUGUGGAAAAACCACCAUCUGCCAGCUGUAUUCAGCUCUGGCUGGGCAAAAGUUCUUCUCCGUCAAUUGUCAUUUGCACAUGGAGACAUCUGACUUCCUUGGAGGCCUGCGGCCAGUUAGAUACACCCACCAGAGUGUUGGUGAGGAUGUUAGGCUGUUUGAGUGGAAUGAUGGACCGCUGGUGCUCGCCAUGAAGGAGGGAGGAGUGUUCCUGAUGGAUGAGAUCUCCCUAGCAGACGAUUCUGUGCUGGAAAGACUCAACAGUGUUCUGGAGACGGAGAAGUCUCUCGUGCUGGCGGAGAAAGGCAGUGGAGAUGACGAGGACGUGGAGCUGAUCAGAGCAGCUUCUGGCUUCCGUCUUGUUGCCACCAUGAAUCCUGGUGGAGACUUUGGCAAGAAGGAGCUCUCUCCUGCCCUGAGGAACCGGUUCACUGAGAUUUGGUGUCCACAGAGCAACAGUCGCAGUGACCUGGUUCAGAUCAUCAAACACAACCUGCACACCGGACUCUCACUUGAUGGUGUGGAUAUUGCAGAACUUAUGCUGGACUUCAUAGAAUGGCUGACCCAGCAGGACUUUGGCCGGCGCUGCAUCCUGAGUGUCAGAGAUAUCCUCUCCUGGGUGAACUUUGUCAAUGCUGUGUGUGAGAGGGAUGAGGACAGCUUUAUGACCAUAAGAGCACCUGAAGAAGAGGAAGAAGCAGAGAGGGACCUCAGACUGGAUGCUGUUACAGCUUGUGUCCAUGCUGCAUGUUUGGUAUACAUUGAUGGCCUUGGCUCAGGAACUACAGUGUCAUGUGCAGACAGCACCCUGUUUGCGCGUCAGAUGUGCCUCGGUUUCCUGCAGCAGAGGCUGAGUAAGAUGACCAAGCUUGAUCAUGAGAUGCUGGCUGCACUUAGAGUGUAUGAUAGCUGCUUGCCAAGGGAACCUCAGUGGGGAAAGGACUUCUUUGGUAUCAGCCCCUUCUACAUCACCACAGGACCUCAGACUGAGAGCCGCAACCUGUGUGAGUACGCCAUCACAGCAGGCACCACUGCAAUGAACGCCCAAAGGCUUUUGCGAGCUCUAAAACUGCAGAGGCCUGUGUUACUGGAGGGGUCCCCUGGAGUGGGAAAGACAAGCCUGGUGGGAACGCUGGCAAAAGCCUCUGGAAACCAUCUGGUCAGAAUCAACCUGUCCGAGCAAACGGAUGUUACGGACUUGUUUGGGACAGAUCUUCCUGUGGAGGGAGGGAAGGGAGGAGAGUUUGCAUGGCGAGAUGGCCCCCUAUUGGCUGCUUUAAAGGCUGGCCACUGGGUAGUGCUGGAUGAGCUGAACUUGGCCUCUCAGUCAGUGUUAGAGGGUCUGAAUGCCUGCUUUGAUCACAGAGCAGAGAUCUACAUUCCUGAGCUGGGCAUGAGCUUCCAGAUUCAGCAUGAGAAGACCAAGAUCUUUGGCUGCCAGAACCCAUUUACCCAAGGUGGGGGGCGUAAAGGGUUGCCCAAAUCCUUUCUCAACAGGUUUACUCAGGUUUUUGUGGACCAGCUCACUAGCAAAGACAUGGAGUUCAUCGGAAAUUCUAUUUUUCCCACCAUCGAUGAGAAAAUCAUUGCAAAAAUGGUCGAGUUCAAUAACAGGCUUGUUCAGGAGGUUUGCAUGGAGAAGCUGUGGGGGCACAAAGGAAGCCCCUGGGAAUUUAACCUUCGUGACAUUUUCCGCUGGUGUCAGCUGAUGCAGACCGAUCAGUCGCCGGGGUUUUUCAACCCAGGCCAGCAUGUAGCCUUGGUGUAUGAUGACAGAAUGAGAACAGAGGCUGAUAAGGCAAAGGUGCUGUCUGUGUUCAGGGAGGUGUUUGGGGAGGAGUAUGAGCCUUACUGUGGCUCCAAGGAGUUUCAUAUCACUCCCCUCAAUGUUCAGGUGGGCUUCUCUGUACUACGUCGCAGUGGUGAAGCCCCCGUGACUCUGGAUCCCCCACUAUCUAUCACACACCAGUGCCUGAAGCCUUUAGAGUCACUGAUGAAGUGUGUGGAUAUGGGCUGGAUGACCAUAGUAGUUGGUCCAGCAGCCAGUGGAAAGACCAGCCUGGUGAGACUGCUAGCCUUGCUGACAGGACACCAUCUCAGGGUCAUGGCCAUGAACAGUGCCAUAGACACCACUGAGCUCCUGGGAGGGUUCGAGCAGGUUGACAUCAUGCGUCCGUGGCAGCAAGUGUUGGAGACAGUUGACUACACGGUUGCCAUGGUAAUAAGACGGGGGCUGAUGUCUCUUGAUGAUGGUACCCAGGACACAGAGUUUCUGCUGCAGACAUGGGGCGUAUUCUGCCAGUGGUUGAAGGAGAAUAGACUGCAAAGACCAGGAGGAACAGUAAACUCUGAAGCACUGAACAAGCUGGAGGUCAUUAUCCUCCUCCUGCAGAAACUAAACACCAAGCUCAAAGUGUUCACCGACAUGUCCAAGCUGCAGAUGGACUUCACUCUGCUGAAAGAGCGUCUGGCUCAGCUAGAGGAUGGUUGGACUAACGGGGGUUUCGAAUGGUUGGAUGGGAUGCUGGUCCAAGCCCUUCAGGCUGGUGACUGGUUACUUAUGGACAAUGUCAACUUCUGCAGCGCCUCCGUCUUAGAUCGCCUCAAUGCUCUUCUCGAACCCAAUGGGUCACUUGCCAUUAAUGAACGCGGUGUAAUCGAUGGGAAGACUCCCAGAAUAACCCCUCAUCCUAACUUCAGGCUGUUCCUCACCAUGGACCCCGUUCAUGGGGAGCUGUCCAGAGCAAUGAGAAACAGAGGGGUGGAGGUUUACAUCCCAGGGGAAAAUGAAGGGGUUUGCUGGGACACACUGGACCUAAAGACUCUGCUCCACUCUGCUGGUGUGACAGGGGAUUGUGUGUGUGAUCUACUGAUUCAGAUACAUAAAGGCAUCAGAUCUGCCAUCUGGGACUCCCCGGCCUCUUCUGUGACAUCCCUUCUUCAUGCUGCCUCCCUGCUGUCCUGCCAGCUGCAGAGAGGUGCAGAUUUGCGUAGCUCCCUGCAGCAUGCCUGUACUGAGGCAUACUCAUUCUGCCAGCGCACUGUUGCCAACCAGAAGCAAGCCCAACAGGUGAUUGAGCAGCACUUGGCCAUCCAGGGUACAGCGGAUUGGGGCGAUGGGCUGCUGUCUGCUGGUGUUUGGCCUGACGGCUUCCCCUCGGCUCUUCUUUCCACAGAAGAUUCUUGCUUUUCAUCUGUCCUCAGAGACGGGCAGGUCCUCCUGUUCUGCCUCAACUCCCUCAGCCUGCAAGGAAAACGGAAUCGUCCACUGAGAUUGAUGGACCUGCAGCUGGCCUUGCAGAGCAGUGGUGUCCAUGAGGACUCUGUGUUUUCUGGAGGAGUAGUGGAUCUGGAGGAAGGAGAUGCUCUCAGGCUCAUCUCCACAGCAGUGAGGCUGGUGACAGAGAGAGCAUCUCAUGGAGAUUGGAUCCUACGCAGCAGCUGGCUCUCAAACCUGGGGAGGAGCUACAAAUAUCUGCCUGACCCAGUGCUGGUCCAGGUGGAGGCAGGAAACAGAGCUCUGAGGGCUGUGUUCAGCAGCAGCCUGGCUGUAAAGGGGAAAACACUGGCAGAGCUGCUCCAACCUCACAGCAAAGAUGAAUACAGGAUUCUGAUGGAUAUGCGUUGGAACAAACAGUACCUGGACAUCUUAACCAACAAGUGCAACUUUGAGGAUGAGGAACGAUACAUGGAGUUUCUAGAAGCUCUAAAUGCAGUAGCAAACAGGAUUGUUCUGAUGAUGGACCGGGAGGAGAGAGCUGUCACCUGCUCCUGUACCAUCAGUUCAGCUCCUCAGAGUUCUGCUAUGAGAGUAGCCACCGCCUUCAACAAAGGAACCAUAGAUAUGAGUCAGCUGCCUCACCCCAUGCUCAUGCACCUGCGAGUAUUCUUCGACCUGUGGGACACAUACGUCCUGCAGGCUGUGCAGAGUGGACAGCCCCACAUCUCUGAUCACGUCAUGUUUGAGAUCCUGCAGCUGCUCCAGUGGCGCGAUCAUUUCUGGGACGUGUGCAUCAUGCUUCCAGCUGACUCUCAGGGCAUCUCUGUGCUGUCUCUGCACUGGCAGUGGGUGCAGAAGCACCUCGUCCUCCGCCUUCCGCAGCUGCUGAUGGGAGAUACAGGCACAACUUUGGAAGGUCAGCAGGACUUGCAGGCUGUGUCAGCAGCCAUUCAAAACGUUUUAUCCACUCCGGGGUCUGUGGCUGGUGCUCUGAAAGGCAUCCAGAGAUCUCUGGGAAAAGCCCUUCCUUUCAAGCUGGAGUCAGUGGCUGAGUGUGCUUCUCGCCUCGGGUUCCUCAGUAAAGCUCUGGAUGUGAACAAACUGAAGCUGGAUGGGCCUUUUAGUUGCUGGGAGCUAGAGCUGGUCCGACUUCAGGGCGCUGGACUCUGGCUGGACAUCAAAGAAAGCCUCCUUGAAGCAUCUGGUCUGGUUCUGUCGGCAAACAACCAACUCAAUCCACAUGAGUCAGGUAUACUGGAAAAGCUGGUACUAAGCGUGGAGCAACUUGAGUGUUGCAUGUCCUCCAAAGGGCUGUCAGGGGUCAGACCCAUGUCUGAUGGAGAAGAACAAGACAGUGGAGUCCACAUGAGCAGAGUGGAGCUGCUUCAGCUCAGGGGCAAGACUCAACUCUGGCCUCUGAUGGAGGGACUCUCAGUUCUCAAUCAGCUGCGACUCAGCACAGAUCUGCUGCACCUGGCUCUGUCUCCAGGUGACCAUAAUGCUGAAGACUGCUUACGCCGAGAGAUCUCCAGACAUCUUCGUUUCUGCCUACAGUCAACGCCCAUGAACGUGGGACAGCUGCAGUGUUUGUGGUUCCUGCUGAGCAGUGAUGGGGUCAGUGGGCUGCCUGAGAAGCUGUCCUUGGUGUGGUGUGAACUGCUCUCGGAGGCCCUGACUGCCCUUUGGACCUGCAGUGUGACCUCAGAUCCUAACCGUUGGCUCAGAUGGGACCCUGUGAGUCCAGAGACCCCGCUGGGUUUAAAGCUGCAUCCUGGAGCAGAAAACACGGGCCCUGCUUUGCUGAGUAAAGCAGUGUGGUCCCACUGCAUGCUGGGAGUGCUGAACAGUAGUGUGACCACUGAUCGAUGGGAACCUCAGACGGAGGCCCUCCUCUCCUUAUCUCAUGUCAGCCUUGGGGAGUGGAAGGAGAGGAUCCAUCAGCUGGAGGUUGUUUCUUCUGUGCUGUGGGAGAACAUGGCCUUCCCUGCAAUAGUGGAUUUCAGGGGCACCAAUCUUAGGCUGCAGGGUGCGGUUCUGCGUCGGCAGCUUCAGAGCAUGGGCGACCUGCUGCCUCCCAACCUGCAGGAGGGCUACAUGGAGAGCUGUGAGAGCCUGGUGGAAGACUCAGACCCUCUCAUUGCUGCUCAGGAGAUCCAGACAGUCCUGAGGAACUUCAUGCCUCCAAACCUGCUGCCUGAAGGCAUAAUGGGAGCCUGCACAGCCUGUCUCCAGCAGUUUGUCCAGAGCAAAGUUCAAGGUGGAAACUCGCCGGCCCAAUGUGGAGUUUUCUGGGUCAAUAUGGGCCUCCUGCAGGUCCGAGUGUGGACACCACACACCAUUUUUGACCCAGCUGUGAAGAGGGCCUAUAAACUUAACUAUGCUCAGCAGGAGCUGGGUCUGCUGCAGGAUGAAUGGAAAGCUCGCAGCUUGUUGUCUGAGCUAAAGACUGGACAGGAGCUGAAGGAAAGCAGCACCACUGAUGGCUUCCAGCAUCCUCGAAUCAGGUAUAUGUGGAUCCGCAUGCAGCAGGUGAAGGAGCAGAUAGCAGAGCUCUCAAGGAAGCAAGCCUUUCGCCCUCAGGAGCCUCAGUAUGGUCGGCUCUUCCAGGACCUGCAGCAUUACCUUAGCACUAUUGGCCACAUGUCAGUUGUUGAAGAACUGUUGUCUCAGCUGCUGAAGGCCCUCCAGGACCCCUCAUCAUUCAGGUCCAAGUCAGCGAUCAAGGGUCUCCUGAAAGAGGAGACGGUAUGGCAGAACUCCCAGCAGCAAUUUUGCCAGAAGCUCAUGGAGGACUACCCCCUGUUCCCCGAUCUGGUUGGCCCUGUCAGGACCGGCCUUCUCCAGCUGCGGCAUGGCAUGAGGCUGGUGGCCUCCCAGGUGGCUGCCUCUUUGACUCCCGUGCCAGGUCUGCCCAAGUUUGUGUCCUGCUUAUUGUCCUUCCCCUCUGUGUCCCCUGGUCUCCCGUCCGACCUGGCUCGAGCAGAAUUUCUGUGCUCCAUGACAUGUAUGGAUGUCCUUCACAGCCUUGUGAAACUUCUACCCCAGCAGGAUCAAGAUAGUGUGAUUGCCCAGCCCUCCACCCUAUUACUAAAUGCUCUGCUGUAUGUGCAGUGUUACACCUUGUCAACAGGAGAGCUCAGUGAGGAGGCAUGCAGCCUCUUCAGACACAUCUCUCAGGCUGUGGUGAAUGAGUGGGAUAACCAGGACAAGCAGAGACGGGAACAAGAGCAGACUGAGGCCUCUCUCUACCGCAGCCGUCUACACGGGUCGGGCCUGACCGAGGACGAGCAGGAGGAGAAGGAUUUCAGGUGCCAGUUCCCUCAGUUCAACAAGGACUUUGCAGAUAUAUUGUCCCAACCCAGUUUAGAAGGCCCAGCUGAUACAGAACUGGAAUGUGAGGAACUUGAAGCCCAGCAGGGGGCUGCUGAGGCAGGCUCUCUGUCUGUAUCUGCCAUGAACACAAUGGUCCACGUGCAUCAGUGCAUGUGUCUGGGUUACGCCCAAUCACUGUGGUACCAGAGCACACCGCCAACCAAUAACAGUAAAGAACACAUCAAAGCCUUGAUCUCCUCCUAUCAGAUUGCAUCCCCUGUGAUGUCCCACUUCUAUCAUCUGAUGGAUUCGGAGCUGGAUCUACAGCUGACAGGCUGCGGCCUGUUGCUCUCUGCUCUGCUUCAGAACACAUUCAAGGGCUCUGGGGGUUUUGAUGAGCUGGCUGUCUCCUCAGAAGGACCUUAUGACUUCUAUCAGCAGCCUAAUGUGAGUGAGGCUCGCCUCUGUCUCCCUGUUUUGGAACACCUGACUGAGGCAGUGAGGAAGAGGCUGGAGGAAUGGCCUGAGCACCCUGCUCUGGUCCAGCUGACUGUUGUCAUGGAGAGGAUCAUGUCCUUCAGUUUGGCCUGCCCACUUGCAAAGUUUCUGAAUGGGCUGGAGAUUCUGCUCAGUAAAGCUCAGGAGUGGGAGAAUAAUGCCAGCCGCUCCGUGUCUUUGCGGAAGGAACUGGAACCAGUGACCCAGCUUAUCAUCCGGUGGCACAAACUGGAGCUGAACUGCUGGUCAAGAAGUCUGGACAAUGCACUGAAGCGACACACGGAGAAAUCCACCAAACACUGGUUCUCCAUCUACCAGCUGGUGGAGCGAUACCUAGAAGAGCAGAGAACAGAGGCUAACACGGGAGAGCGGGCAGAGAGCCUUUCCCUGUCCUCUGUGUCCUCUACUCUUGAAGCCUUCAUGGAAAACUCCACCCUGGGCGAGUUCCAGACCCGUCUGACAAUGCUUCUCAGCUUCCACUGCCACCUCCUGCUGGUCCCCAGCCUACAGGGACAAGAGUCUUUGUCCAGGCUUCUGUGGAAUCUUCAUAAAUACUACAGCCAGUUCUCUGAGUCUAUCCAGGCCAAGAUGGUUCAGCUCAGACAGCCUAUUGAGAAGGAACUCAAAGAUUUUGUAAAGAUUUCCAAGUGGAAUGAUGUGAGCUACUGGUCCAUCAAACAGUCAGUGGAAAAGACCCAACGCACUCUCUUUAAGUUUGUGAAGAAGUUUGAAGAGGCUCUGAGCAGUCCAAGUCUUUCUGUGCUGGUGGAUCAAGGAAGCAGUACAAGCACUGACACUGUGGCCUCCAGCUCUGGGGAAAGCCCCAUCGAACGAGUUAAUCGGGUGCUGAAGAGCACCAUGCCUGGCCAGGGUAGAGAACUGCAGAAUGAGGACCUAGAGGACGGAGCUGGAUCAUGUUCUUUACAGGCCCGUUUGCCAGUUUUGUUCCGAAAGAUGAAGAAGAUGUGCAUCCAGCUGCUGAAGAAAACCUCAGUACCUGAACUGUCCGAAGAUCUGGACCAUUUCACCGGCGAGAUCAUCAGCAACCUGCGAGACCUGCAGAGCCUCAGCAUAGACACAGCAGCAGCAAAGGAAAAGCAGAAAACAGAGGUCAAGCACAUCCUUCAGCAGAAGCAGAGAGCUCUGUCUGACCUGUUUAAAAUGCUCUCUGAAAUAGGUCUGUCGUACCGGAGAGGCCUGAUGUGGAACAGAACGGCAGACCCAGAAACCUCACUGUGUAUGCAGCCACUGGAGAUGACCACUGCGCUUUCUACUGUGAAGAACCAGGACCAGCCUGAGUGCAUGUUGUUUACAGAGUUGAUGGCUGCCUGGGAUGGAUGUCAGAAAUACUUUUAUCUGUCAUGGGCCAGGAGAACAGCACUGCAGACUGCUCUUCAGCAUGCCACAAAGGACCUCAGUGUUGGGAAUAUAGAACGCUGCAGAGGUUUUUCAUCUCAUCUCUUCAAGCUGCUGCUCAGACAGAGGCAUCGGCUGGCCAAACUGACGGAACAGUGGGUCUCCCUCAGGAAGCUAACAAACGAUGUCCAGGACAUUAAAGCACACCUCCAGACUCAGGGUCAGGAUACAGGCUGCACCCUGCCUCCCCAGGACUCUCUGCAGGGCUGGUUUAAAAGAGGCCAGGUGCAGGCAGCACAGUGUGCCACACUUUUGCAACAACUUUCAUGGUUGCUGCAGUGCUGUCCUGAAGACCCUCAGCAAAAGGAGCAGACAAACUCCAGCAGCAGGCACCACACCUUGAUGUGCCCAUCCCCUCUGGCAGUUCAGCAGCAGCCCGCUGGCUGUCUGCUGAGAAGAGGAGACCCUGGUUGGUGUCAGCUCCACCAGCGAAUCAUUGUGAUGCUAAAGGAUUUUGAGAGUCUGAAGGAGCAGCUGGGCUCUCUGGCACAACAGGCCUCUGAGAGAGUUCUAUGCACAUGGAGCAGUUUUGCCACAUGUUGUUCUGCCAUGGAACAGCUGGGAGGUGUGGCAGCUCAGAUUUCCAGUAUAGAGCAGUUAUUCUCUCCAGUCAUCAGGGCUGGCAGAGCGAACGGACAGCCGGCCAUGAUCCAGAGUCUGCGAUAUGUCCGAGGACAGGUGGAGAUAUGCAUCACAGAGUUUACCACCUGGAAGACCCAGCUGCUCUCCCUUGGACAGCAGCCCACAGAUCAGCAGUCUGCUUUCUGUACGGACUUCUCUGCUGAGCUUGAGGCAAACAUCAGUGCCGUGCUGUAUGCUGUCCAGAAAAUUGUGAAGAGAAGGCAGGGAGAGCAAGAAAGAGAGCAACAUGGAGAUUCAAACAAAGACGGUGCUGAGGAGGACAUCGAGAAGCCUGUGGAGGACCUGCUGAAGCCUGGUCACCUGACUCGGCUCCUGGAGGAGCAGCUAGAAGCUGAGGUGGAGGCUCUGUCUGUUGGCAAUGUGAAUGCUGGAGUGAGCAGGCUGCUGAUCUGUCUGAGGAGACACAGAGACUCCUGUCAUCCACCACAGCUUCAGGAGGUGAACAGGGCCUGCAGGAUGUUGGUCGGUUUUGAGCCUUUGCUGGGAGUUUACUCAGACCUGGUGCGGUACUACCUGUCUGUGUCGGUUGGAGUACACAGAAGCACAGGCAAACUGCUGUCUGUCUUGUCCAUCAUCUUCACCGACCUCGCCCAAAAGGGUUUCUGCCUGCCUCAGGAGUUAAUGUCUGAUGGUGAUGGAGAGGGUGCCACAGAGUUCCAUGACUACGAGGGUGGUGGUGUUGGAGAGGGGGAUGGCACCAAAGAUGUCAGCAACAAAGUUGAAAAUGAAGAUCAGGUGGAGGACACGUUCCAGGAGGGUACAGAAAAGGAGGAGCAGCAGGAUAAAGAAAACAUUAAGGCAGAAGAUAAUGCCAUUGAAAUGUCUGAGGACUUUGAUGGACGAGUACAUGAUGGGGAUGAGAAUGAAGCUGGUGAAAAUGAGGAGUCUGAUGAGGAGGAUAAAGAGGAGCUUGAUAAAAAGAUGGGAGACCUGGGAGAAGGUCAGACAGACAAUUUGGAUGAGAGGAUGUGGGGCGAUGAUGAUGAGGAAGUAGGAAGUGACAAGGAGGAGGAGUCUGGACAGGGCAUGGAUCAGGGGGAAUCUGAACUAGUUGCUAAAGAGGACAACUUGGAUGCAGCAGAUUCCAACACAGAGAAGAAGAGCCAGGAUAAGGAUGAACAGAUCUGUGAAGAGGAGACUGAGAAGAGCAAAGAACAAGGAGAUGAGAGAGAGUUUGAUGAGAAUGAGGUGGACCCGUACCACGGUCAGCAGGAUAAGAGACCAGAACCUGAGGCCAUGGAGCUCCCUGAGGACCUUAACCUGGACCAGGAUGAAGAGGCUGGAGAAGAUGAGGAAUGCAAGGGUGACGGUGAGGACCCAUUGGACAUUGAUGACAAGGCCAUGGAACAUGAGGUGAAAGAGGAAGAGGAGAGAGGUGGAGAGGAAGGGGAGCCAGGAGAGACUGAGAUGGAGGAGAACCAAAGAGAUGAUGAAAAUAAUCCAGAACCAAAACCUAAUGAAGAGGAUGACAAAGCACCUGAGAAAGGGGAGGAAGAGGCUGCUGGAGAAGAUGAAGAAAAGGAAGGGGAGGAUAAUAGAGAAGCACAGGAAGAAAAAGAGGAUAUGACUGUACCAAAUGACAACAGAGAUGAACCAAAGCAGGAGGAUGAAGGUGAGAAGGAGCAUAAUGAGCAGCCUAUUUUUGCUGAGAGGAAGGAGCAUAGUGCAGACGGUCAGACUGGAGAGGAGAGCAUUCAGAGUGACACAGCUGUGGAGCUGGCAGGUGCAGCUUCAGAGAGAGAUCAGGCUAAAGAGGAGCAUGGCAGUGGAGCAGCUGAUGCCAGCCAAUCAGAGGGCCACCAGUCAAAGCUGACAGCAAGGAUGACCUCACAAACACAGACUCAGAGCAAGACUCAGAGCUUUAAGAGGAAACCCGGCCAAGCAGAUAAUGAGCGGUCAAUGGGGGACUACAACGAGCGCAUCAACAAGCGCCUGCGUACCGUGGAAAGCAGCCAAGAGCGCACUGAGAACAGACCGACUGAGGGCCAGCAGGAGUCUGAACUGUAUGAACAUAUCAAACACGGAGAUACGGCCUACGACACUCAGACCUAUGAUGUUGCCAAUUCAGAACAACAAAAAGCAGCAGGACCUCUAAAGGAUCAGAAUGAAGAUGAAAAUGAUGAAGUUGCCAUGGAAAAGGAGGACCAGGAAGAACAGCUCCAGUCUGCCAAUGUGGAAGAGCCCGACCAGCUGAACACUUCCAAGUUCUCCCAGAAAGGUGUAGAGAGCGGAGAUAUUGAGAUGCAGUGGCAGGACAAGGAAGAUGAGAGGCUAAAGGACCAACAACAGCCCAGAGAUGAAGAGCAAGCCGCCAGAAGUACAGAGUCUACCAUUCAUACAGUUCCUGCUUUCCUGCUCAACGCUGUGCAGAAACCAGAGCGAGAUCCAGAGGAGCUGAGGAAGGAGAUGGAGCUCCAGCUGGACGCCUGGCGUAAACUGGCUUCUGGCACACAGGAGGAGGAGGCUGCAGCAGCUUCCAUGUGGCUCCGGUACCAGGCUUUGACCUCAGCUCUCUCCCAGCAGCUUUGUGAGCAGCUUCGCCUCAUCCUGGAGCCGACACAGGCUGCCAAGCUCAGAGGGGAUUACCGCACAGGGAAGCGUCUGAACAUGAGAAAGGUCAUCCCUUAUAUCGCCAGUCAGUUCCGAAAAGACAAAAUCUGGCUGAGAAGGACCAAGCCCAGCAAGAGAGAGUACCAGAUCUGUCUGGCAAUGGACGACUCCUCCAGCAUGGUUGACAACCACUCCAAACAGCUGGCGUUUGAAUCCCUGUCGGUGAUCAUCAACGCUCUGACUCUGCUGGAGGUUGGACAGGUGUCUGUGUGCAGUUUUGGUGAACAGAUGCAGCUCCUGCAUCCCUUCCAACAGCAGUUUAAUGAAGAGUCGGGUGCUCGGAUUCUCCGCCUUUGUCAGUUCCAGCAAAAGAAGACCAGAAUUGCACAGUUUUUGGAGACUUGUAUCAAAAUGUUUCUCUCGGCACGCCAGCAAAUUCCAGGGUCAAUUAACUCAGAGACGGCCCAGCUGCUCCUCAUCGUGUCUGAUGGCAGGGGACUGUUCCUAGAGGGCAAGGAGCGUGUGGUGGCUGCUGUGCAGGAAGCACGCACUGCAAACAUCUUUGUGAUCUUCGUGGUGCUAGACAACCCCAACACCCGGGACUCCAUCCUGGACAUCAAGGUGCCCAUUUUCAAAGGGCCAGGAGAGUUGCCAGAGAUCCACUCUUACAUGGAGAAGUUCCCCUUCCCUUUCUAUGUCAUCCUGCGAGAUGUCAACGCCCUGCCAGAGACCCUGAGCGACGCACUCAGGCAGUGGUUUGAGCUCAUUACGGCUGCUGACCAAUAGGCACACAGGGAGGAAAAAAUAGACAGCGUCCAACUGCUGAAAUCUGCUGCUACAACAGGAAAGACUGUAAAACCACUGUACAUGUGCCUUUUAAUAUGUUAUUUAUCCUAGUCUGUUAGCUGGCUGUCAGUGUUCUGUCUUAUAGGGUGAUUCAGUUUAUUCUGGAAUCUUCGACAUCUUCAUGAAACAUUUUGAGCAAAGAUUAAAUAACUCUUUUCCAAAGGCUAGGCUAAUUCUUCAUGUUUAAUAUUGUGCAGAGUUGCUGUGUGAAUGAGCCCUGUGUACAGUCCCAUUGGAUCACAUCAUGUUGUGACGGACCUUUAGAAAAACUGAUAAUGUGCCUUGGAGACCACAGCAGCUGGUGCUCACCGUCCUGGCAGCCCCAUCAGGAUUUUUACCCUUUGUUUUGUUCAGCUGUCGUCUGCAAGGAAAACUUCAUGAUGACAUCUAACAAAUGUGGGGAGUUUCUAAUGUAAACAUGGGCUGAAAUAUUCAAGAGUUUAAUUUUUUCUACCUGCUGAUGUGUUAAUCAGCAGUUUACAAAGUUAAUACUCACCACUCUCACCUGGCAGAGAAAGAAAUUAAUUGUGCUCCAUGUUUAUAGAUCCUUAUUUUACAUUGUUAAUUAUUAAUUAUAAUAAAGUUUUAUGGCAAAAACUUGAA